CUUACGAUAAGCAACCUAGUACCUAGUAGUUGUGAGGGUACUUAUGCCACAACCCAAGGCAGGACAGGUGCUUUCAAUCUGGCCCUGCUUGGUUGGUCCCUCAAUUUGUCAAUCAAUCAGUAAUGUCAAUCAAAUUUCACAAAAUCUUCUGACGUGCGACGUGCUCAAUGUGAAGGACGGACACGACGACUAGAAGUCUAGAAUCCUGAUCGCUCUUUGGAUAUUGUAAAAUAAGUGCUCUGCUUGUAUUUCACAUGAUAGAAAUCACAAAAUAUACGGAAACAGAACAUCAUUUAACCGGUAUUGUGACUUAAAAUCAAGAAGUCAACAUGGGAAAGGCUAAAAAAGGAAAGAAGAAUCCCACCGCUGACGACGGUGAUAGCGACGCGGAGACAACAAAAAUAGAGAGCGUUAAACCAACUUCGCAGUGUAAAAAAAAAGUUAUCGAGUCCGACAGUGAUGAGGAAAAGCUCAAAACUAAAUCUAAGCACAAAAAAUCAGUAGAUGAGGAUAUCAAAGAGGUCACAAAAAAUGUUAAAAAUGUUUCUAUUAGUAAGUCGCAAAAGAAGAAAGAUGUAAGCAGUGAAGAUGAAUCAGAUGAAGAAGUGGAGAAAAAACCGAAAAAAGGCAAGAAAAAAGAAGAGAAGAAAAGUGCCUUUGCUCUUCUAGAAAUUGAAGAUGAAGAUGAUUCACCAAUUGAAGCACCACCAUCAUCUGAUGAUGAAAGUUCUGUACAGAAACCACAAAAGAAACCAACUCAAGAGAAAAAGGAACCAGCUGGUAAAAAAGGUAAAAAAGCUAAAAGGAAGAAAGAUGAUAGUGAUGAUGAUUUAGAGAAAGUAUUAGCUGAACUUGAAAUGGAAUAUGCUGGUGUUAAAAAAGAACCUAUUUCCGUAAUUGAUGCUGAAAAACCACCAGAGGCAGUGGAAGAAAAACCUAAAUCGAAGAAAAAAGGCAAGAAAGAAGAACAAAAGGAAGAACAGGAAAAUAUUGCAGAAGAAAAGGAAGGUAGUGAUAAUGAGAAUGAUGUGACAAUUAAAACAGCAGCUCAAAAGAAAAAAGAGAAGAAAGAAAGGGAAAAGCAGAAAAAAUUAGAAGCUAAGAAGAAAGAAAAAGAUCAAGAAAAGAAAGGUGUUGAUGUAGUUACUGCUGAGGUAUCUGAAAAAACCGAAAGUAAAGAAGAGAAAGUGAUUAAAGAGGAAGUAAAAGCUCCUUCUGAAGAGAAAGAAGUUGAUGGCAGUACCCCAGCGGCUGAUGGAAAGAAAAAAAAGAAAGGUGAGAAGGUAGAAAAGGAUGAUAAGGGUAAGAAAGGCCCGACCAAAAAGACUAUAGCUGCUAUGCAAGAAGCGCUUAAAAAGGUAAAAGAAGAAGAGGAGCGCUUGAAGAAAGAGGAAGAAGAAAAGAUAAGACAAGAAGAAGAACGUGAGCGACAGAGAUUAGAAGCUAUUAGAUUAGAAAAAGAACGUAAAGAACGGAAAAAACAAAAAGAAAAGGAGAGAAAAGAAAGACUUAAAGCUGAAGGUAAAUUGUUAACUCCUAAGCAAAAGGCUGAAAAAGCUAGAGCACAAGCACUCUUAGAGUCAUUAAAAGCUCAAGGUAUUGAAAUUGGUUCAGCUGAAAAGAAGCCACCAAGACCUGGUACAAGAAUCAAACCCCAAAGGUUGAAGAGUCAAAUAUCCCAGGAAACUCCUACAACACCUUCUGAAGAAAAGAAGAUAGAAAUUGAAAUUGUAGAUAAGAAGGAGGACACUCCUAAGUCAGAAGAAACUAAAAAAGAAUUAGAUGAUGAUUCAGUUAAAGAUGCAUGGGAUGCUGAAUCAUCGGAAGAGGAAAUGGAACCAGAGAAACCAGAGCCAGAACCUGUAACUCCUGUCAAACAGGAUAAGAGGGGAAGAGAGAAAGGCAAAGAGCAAGAAGAGGAUGAUGAUAGUUCAGAUGAGGAAGAUGAUAGUUCCGAAGAAGAAUCUAGUUCUGAAGAAGACUCGGAAGAUGAUCAAAUGACUGAUGCACAGAAGAAGAGGGAGUUAAUUUUGAAGAGAUUAGAGAAACGACGCGAAGAAAACGAGGCUAACAAAGUGAACAAUCCGCUUCGCGCUGCAGUCGUUUGCGUACUAGGCCACGUGGACACCGGCAAGACGAAGAUUCUGGACAAACUGCGCAGGACCAACGUACAAGACGGCGAAGCGGGCGGCAUUACACAGCAAAUAGGUGCUACGAAUGUGCCCAUUGAAAAUAUUAAGGAGCAAACUAAACAUGUCAAAGGGGUAAGCGAAAUAGCAUUCAAAUUGCCAGGUCUUCUAAUCAUUGAUACACCUGGACACGAAUCUUUCAGCAAUUUACGUAGCAGAGGCUCAUCACUAUGCGACAUUGCUAUUCUUGUAGUGGACAUUAUGCACGGGCUCGAGCCGCAAACAAUCGAGUCAAUCAACCUACUGAAGCAGAAGAAGACCCCUUUCAUAGUGGCUUUGAACAAGAUCGACAGAUUGUAUGACUGGCAAAGCGUCCAGCGUAAAGAUGUGCGAGAUAUUCUCAAAACGCAGCAAACCAACACUCAGAUCGAAUUCGAGAAGAGGAGUAAAGAUGUCAUGUUGCAGUUUGCGGAACAGGGUUUGAACGCUGCAUUGUUUUAUGAUAACCCGGAUCCUCGUACAUACGUUUCAUUGGUACCAACUUCUGCGGUGACCGGUGAAGGUAUGGGCAACUUACUCGCUAUGAUCGUUCAAGCGUGCGAAGGACCCCUGCAUAAACGACUAGUCUUCUCUAAUCAACUGCUGGCUACCGUUUUAGAGGUUAAAGCCAUCCCCGGUCUCGGUACCACCAUAGACACAAUUCUCAUCAAUGGCAUUCUACACGAAGGCGACACUAUGGUAUUGGCCGGAACAGAUGGGCCCAUAGUCACACAGAUAAGAUCACUACUUAUGCCACAGCCGAUGAAGGAACUUAGAGUCAAGAAUGCUUACAUUGAGCACAAAGAAGUCGUGGGCGCCCAAGGAGUCAAAAUAGCAGCGAAGGAAUUGGAAAAAGCUAUCGCUGGCCUGAAUCUAUUAGUGGCUCAGAAACCAGAUGAAGUUGACGUGCUCAAAGAGGAGGUGGCACGGGAAUUGAAAUCUGCGUUAUCCUCAAUAAAAUUGUCGGAACGCGGCGUGUACGUACAAGCCUCGACGCUGGGCUCUCUCGAGGCGUUACUGGAGUUCCUGAAAGCUAGCAAAAUUCCUUACUCGGCCAUCAGGAUAGGGCCGGUCGUGAAACGCGACGUGAUGAAAGCGUCCGCUAUGUUGGAGCACGACUCGCAGUACGCUACCAUAUUGGCGUUCGAUGUCAAGAUUGAACGGGACGCCCAAGAGAUGGCGGACAAUCUGGGCGUGAAGAUAUUCGCGGCAGACAUCAUAUACCACUUGUUCGACAAGUUCACCGCUUACCGCGAAGAGUUGCGGCAGAAGAAGCGCGAGGAGUUCAAACAUAUCGCCGUGUUCCCGUGCAAACUUAAGAUACUGCCUCAGUUCGUAUUCAACUCGCGCGACCCCAUUGUCGCUGGCGUGAUGAUUGAAGCGGGUAUAGUGAAGGAAGGCACCCCCAUUUGCGUACCCAGUAAAGAAUUCGUGGAGUUGGGCAUAGUGACGUCCAUCGAAAUAAACCACAAGCAAGUAGAAACAGCGCGCAAGGGACAGGAAGUGUGCAUCAAGAUCGAGCCGAUACCCGGCGAGUCGCCCAAGAUGUUCGGACGACAUUUCGACGAGACUGAUUUCCUAGUCAGCAAGAUAUCGCGAGCGAGUAUCGACGCUUGCAAGGAUUAUUUCCGCGAGGACCUUGUAAAAACCGACUGGCAACUGAUGGUGGAAUUGAAGAAACUCUUCCAAAUCCUGUAACCCGCCUUCCUACGGUCAUCUCGCCACCCAACAAUAAGACUUCACCCUACUUUCUGUCUGUUCCAUCUAACAGUAUCUUCAGUUAAAUCACAGAAUCUCCUGGUACCCACAUUUAGCAUGCAACUUGAAUUCCCAUCGAAUCGUAGGUGUACUUGCCUUAGCUUUCUUUUAUUAUUUCUUCAAAACUUUCCCAUGAACUGUACUGCGUAUUUAUUUAUUAUUUUAGUUGAUUAAUGAAAGAUAAAAUGUUAUGAAUAAUAUUUUAUUUUGGUUUUUUAUUAGGCAGUUCUAUCACGAGAUGUUGUAAAUAGUAUUAUUAUUAUACACAUUAUUUAUUACAUACGGAGGGGUCUAUUUUGUUUCAACCUUUGGUAUCUUUAUGUUUGGACCUACGAGGACAGGGCAGCGCAGGUGUUAUCUCGAAUACUCCUCCUUUUCCAUUUUAUGUUUGACACUCGCUUAUUGUUUGGGAUGAUUCAGACUAACAAAGCAUUUAAGGACGUCCUGCGCUCGCGUCUAUACGCCAAGAUUGUAGAGAAACAAAGAAAUAUCUAUAUAAUUAUAUCAACGAGUCAUCUGUAAAUAUUCAUACGACCUUGUCGCAAUAGAGAAUUUCUAGUUGCGUGUAAAUAAAAUAACGUCGAACGGAAAUCUAUAAGCAACUGUGCUUUUUAACUCUAAUAGUGCAAUAAACGAUCUCAUUGAUAAAUGAAUGUGUCUUUGUAGAGCAAUGUCUGUUUUCUACGGUGCUUCUUUUGUAGUCGUCUUAUACUAAAACUGAUGUUUAUUCUAUGUAUCGCACGACGUAGUUGUAAUAUAACUGGUGUAAUUGUGGUAGGCUCAUGAUGGAGGCACUGUGGGGUCUGUGGAGGUCGUAUAUUGUACUCGGCUGAUGCGCAGUGACAUCACGUUUCGUUGUGUCCAAUUUUGAUGCGAGAAGGCCGCGACGGCACGGACAAGGGUCCUUUUAGUCCUUAUUGAAGGUACAGAAGGUUGUAUUUUAUAUGUAGGUAUUUUUCCCUUUUUGAAAUGCUUUGUAUUAUAUAGAUGGAAUCGGACAUAUUCUUAUAUUGAAGAAAUUUUAUUAAAUUACUUAAUACGUAA